AUGUCCUCGCCGGGCUUUGCCAUCCGGACGCUGACAGAGGGAGACGGCCCGCAGCUGGUGCCCUUCCUGAGGCGCUUCUUCCUGCGGGACGAGCCGCUGAACGCCGCGGUGGGCAUCAUGGCCGACGGGCAGGACUCCUCCCCAGAGCAGGAGGGCUUCUGUCUGGGAGCGCUGCCCGAAGGACUGUCGCUGCAGGCAGUGGACACGGAGAGCGGGAAUUUGUUGGGAGUCAGCCUCAGUCGUCUGCACCAGCCGGGGCUCGAAGUGGAGGCCGUGAGGAGCGCUGAAGCGUGUCCGGACCCUGCCUUCCGCAAGAUUCUCAGGCUCAUCGCGUUUGUCGACCUCCAGGUCUCGGAGAAGCUGCGCAGCCUGUUCCCCGGGGCGGACCUACGGCAGGUUGAGGUCCAGGUCGUAUCUGUGGAUACAGCGACCAGGGGCCGAGGAGUCGCCAAGGCUCUCAUAGACCACACGAGGAAGCUGGCCAAGGACAGAGGAAUCCCGCUGGUGCGGAUCGACUGCUCCAGCGUGUUCUCCGCCAGGGCGGUGGAGAGGCUGGGCUUCCAGAAGGUUGUCUCCCUCAAGUACGACUCUUACAGACCGGACGGGGAGGUCGUCUUCACGCCGUCUGAACAAGCUGGCGACGAGUACCGCACGUACAUCCAGAGAGUCAUCUGACCCGGUUCUGUACGGUGCAAAUAGUGGCAGAAAUGGAUGAGAAACUGACGAACUGCAAACUGACCCAGAG